AUGGUCGAAACCAGACGUAGUAGCUCCUCCUCUUCCAAGCGCUCUCUCUCUUCGCCCUCUCCCCCCAACAACACCAAAAGAUCCAAGGUUCAAUCUUUACUCCCUUUCACCGCUACCCACCUCUCGCUUUUUAUGCCAAUUCCCCUUUUCCUCAUCUGGGUAUUUCAUUUUAAUCUCAAUUCGAGACGGGUGCCUCGUGUUGAUCAAUUCUCUUUGGUGACGCAGGUGUCCGAGGAUUCCUCAUCCACCACCGUGCCCUCGGUCGCUCCGGUCAACGAAUCUGGACCCGGGAAUGAAUCCGCCGAACCGGAGUUGCGGCCCUCUGAUCUGCCCGAUACGGCGUCGUUGAAGGCCGUCGAUGGGUGUGAUGUGAUGUCACCUGAUAAAUCUCUGUCCACACCCGUUGAAGGGGAGGUUUUGGUGGCCCCCCAGUGUCUAGGUGAAACAGCGGAGAAAUCGAAGGGGGCUGGUGCAGCGGCGGCGGCCGCGGCGGUGUCAACGGGUGGUCGGUCGAAGAAGCGCCCUACAAGAUUGACCCCCAAGGUUGCGUGGGGAAAGCUCCUUUCUCAGUGUUCUCAGAGCAAUGCAUGGCAACUUCGAUCCUUGAAGUUUUCUUCUGUAAAGGGUAGUGAUUUUGGACAAUCAAUGCAGAAUGAGCAACGCGGAGGCUCGUCUGUUGCAUUACUUGAAAUCACAGGGGGUAAAGGUUCUAUUCAAGUUAAUGGCAAAACUCAUCGAAAGAAUGCCCGUUUAAUUUUAAGUGGAGGUGAUGAGGUGGUCUUUGGUUCUUCUGGCAAGCAUGCUUAUAUCUUUCAGCAGCUCACAAAUAAUAAUAUUAGUCCUGCUGGUAUACCUUCAUCCGUGAGUAUUUUAGAAGCCCAGAGUGCUCCUAUAAAUGGAACACAAGUUGAAGCUAGAUCUGGUGACCCUUCUGCUGUUGCUGGAGCAUCAAUAUUGGCCUCUUUAUCUAAUCUUCAUAAAGAUUUAUCUCUCCUUUCGUCUCCUGCAAAAACAGGAAAGAAUGUUGAACAGAACACUGACAUUUCAUCACUACCGUCUGGCAAUGGGGAUGACAUGCCAGAUAGUGAAAUGAAGGAUGACACCAAUAAAGAUGUACCAUCUGGAGUUUUCUCUGCUGAGAAAACUGUUCUUGCAUCCUCUAACACUGUUAAUGAAAAUCCUAGCCUUGACACAACAGAAGUUGACACCAAUGUGGAUGCUGAUGUUGGGAAGGUGACUGCUGCUGCAUAUGAGUUGAGGCCCCUACUGCGCAUGCUUGCUGGCUCAUGUCCUGAACUUGAUUUAAGUUGUGGCAUCACCAAGAUAUUGGAAGAGCGAAGGGAAUUAAGAGAACUCCUUAAAGAUGUUGAUACCCCAACAAUAUUGGCAUCAACCAGGCGGCAAGCAUUCAAGGACAGUUUACAACAGAGAAUUUUCAAACCUGAGAAUAUUGAUGUCUCUUUUGAAACUUUCCCGUAUUAUCUAAGUGAGACAACCAAGAAUGUUUUGAUCACUUCUACAUAUAUUCAUAUGAAAUGCAAUGGAUUUGGAAGAUAUGCUUCAGACCUCCCAUCAGUAUCUCCACGAAUAUUGUUAUCUGGUCCUGCAGGUUCGGAAAUAUAUCAGGAGACUUUGUGCAAGGCACUUGCAAAACAUUUUGGUGCCAGGCUACUGAUUGUGGAUUCUCUUUCACUUCCUGGUGGAGCACCAUCAAAAGAAGUUGAUUCUGCUAAAGAAAGUUCCAGACCUGAAAGACCAUCUGUGUUUGCUAAGAGAAGUUCCCAGACUGCCACAUUACAUCAUAAGAAACCAGCUUCUAGUGUUGAUGCUGAAAUUAUAGGUGGAUCUACGUUAAGUUCUCAGGCAAUGCUGAAGCAAGAGGUUUCCACUGCAUCAUCAAAAGGCACUACUCUUAAAGAGGGUGAUAGGGUAAAAUUUGUUGGGAAUUUUCCUUCUGCCGUCUCAGCACUACCAAAUUAUCCUUCAAGGGGACCAAGCUAUGGCUCCCGGGGUAAAGUUCUGCUAGCUUUUGAAGAUAAUGGGUCUUCAAAAAUUGGGGUUAGGUUUGAUAAAUCAAUUCCAGAUGGCAAUGAUCUUGGAGGCCUUUGUGAAGAGGAUCGAGGGUUCUUUUGUUCAGCAACAUAUAAUUCAUUGAGGAUUUAUACUGCAGCAAAUCAUUUACUACGGGUAGAUGGCUCUGGAGGGGAUGAUACAGACAAAGUUGCAAUAAAUGAUAUUUUUGAGGUUACCUCUAAUCAGAGUAAAAGUGGUCCCCUAGUGUUGUUCAUUAAAGAUAUAGAGAAAGCAAUGGUUGGAAACUAUGAAGUUUUGAAAAUUAAAAUUGAAAGUUUGCCACCAAAUGUUGUGGUAAUUGGCUCUCAUACUAUGCUUGACAAUCGAAAGGAGAAGACCCAACCUGGUGGACUUCUAUUUACAAAGUUUGGGAGUAAUCAGACUGCACUGCUUGAUCUUGCUUUUCCGGAUAACUUUAGUAGACUGCAUGAUCGGAGCAAAGAAACCCCUAAAGUAAUGAAGCAACUUGGUCGCCUUUUCCCAAACAAAGUGACAAUACAGCUACCUCAGGAUGAGGCUUUACUUUCUGAUUGGAAGCAGCAAUUAGAACGUGAUAUUGAAACUAUGAAAGCUCAGUCCAAUACUGUCUGCGUUCGCACAGUUCUCCACAGGAUUGGAUUGGAUUGCCCUGACAUUGAGACUAUUUGCAUCAAAGACCAAACCCUAACAACUGAAAGUGUGGAGAAGAUCAUUGGCUGGGCUAUAAGUUACCAUUUUAUGCAUUCAUCUGAAGCUUCUACCAAAGAUUCUAAGCUUGUUAUAUCUGCAGAAAGCAUUAAUUAUGGGCUCAACAUUCUACAGGGCAUUCAAAAUGAGAAUAAAAACUUGAAAAAAUCACUCAAGGAUGUGGUUACUGAGAAUGAGUUUGAGAAAAAGCUGCUUGCUGAUGUUAUUCCACCAACUGAUAUUGGGGUCACAUUUGAUGAUAUUGGAGCGUUAGAAAAUGUGAAGGACACCUUAAAGGAAUUGGUCAUGCUUCCUCUUCAGAGGCCUGAAUUAUUUUGCAAAGGACAGCUGACAAAGCCUUGCAAGGGAAUAUUGCUUUUUGGUCCCCCCGGCACUGGAAAAACAAUGCUUGCGAAGGCUGUAGCUACUGAGGCUGGAGCAAAUUUCAUUAACAUUUCAAUGUCCAGCAUUACUUCAAAGUGGUUUGGUGAAGGAGAAAAAUAUGUGAAAGCAGUUUUUUCUCUGGCCAGCAAAAUUGCUCCAAGUGUUAUUUUUGUGGACGAGGUUGAUAGUAUGCUAGGGAGACGUGAAAACCCCAGUGAGCAUGAGGCUAUGCGAAAAAUGAAAAAUGAGUUUAUGGUCAAUUGGGAUGGUUUGCGUACAAAAGAUAAAGAGCGUGUACUUGUUCUUGCUGCUACGAACAGGCCUUUUGAUCUUGAUGAGGCUGUUAUUAGGAGGCUUCCUCGACGAUUGAUGGUUAAUUUGCCAGAUGCUCCAAACAGAGAAAAAAUUCUUAGAGUCAUUUUAGCCAAAGAGGAUUUGGCACCUGAUGUUGAUUUUGAAGCAAUGGCUAAUAUGACCGACGGAUACUCUGGGAGUGACUUAAAGGUUGUAUUUCUAUACAUUUUUCACUUUCAUUCUUGGUUUCUGGAGAAGGAGAAGAGCUUAGCGUUAACGGAGAACAAACCUUUACCUGGAUUGUGUAGCAGCUCCGACAUCCGUUCUUUGAAGAUGGAUGAUUUUAGAUAUGCACAUGAGCAGGUGUGUGCGAGCGUGUCAUCAGAGUCAACAAAUAUGAAUGAACUACUCCAAUGGAAUGACCUCUAUGGAGAAGGAGGAUCAAGAAAAAUGAGAUCUCUGAGCUAUUUCAUGUAA